GAUUUUGACAGUUCCAUUCAAAGUGUUUGCGAGUGUUUGUUGUUGGUUUUUCCUCCGUCCAGCAGAUUUCAGAUUCCUCCGGUUGUAUCGGAUCGUGCGAGAACCAUCCGGGAGUGAUUAUAUUUCCGUACCCAAAUAGCGGGAGUGGACAUCGCCGCGAAGCAAUCGUAGUUCAGCUGAUUCAAGUGUGUGAUCUUCGAGCAAUUCGUGUGGUCGACCGGUGUUUAUUUUCCAUUCGCAAUCUGCUCGCGCUGAAGGAAUUUGUGGGGAAAAUUUACGACAUUAUAAUCGUAAUCGUAUACAAACGGGGCGGCUCUUAAAGUAUCCGGUGCUCAUUAAUCGGUUUUCGUGACGGGAGGGUAAUUUAUUUUACGUACAAGGAUUCCUAAAUCAGUCGGAUAAGAGCAUUGGGUGUCGUCUUUUUAUUGCGUGGGUGGGAUGAAAUUGUGAACCGUGAGGAAUUCGUUCGACGCAUCCAAUUUAGAAUACACUACGAUCAAGCAGUCCCUAAAUAACGUGUUCGCGUGUGGUUCGAUAUUCUUUCGUGGUCUCGUUCGGUACAACAGAAACAGCAUCGUUACAAAAAUACAUAAAUCACUGCGUCAAUCGAGACACUUGGUGGCGUGCGAGCAGUCACAUAUUCAUCACUCCAACGUCUUUCGCGCGUAGAAAUUAAGAAGACCGCCCAGUAUCGUUCGGUUAUGACCGGUCCGGCAAUGGCAACGACAGGAGGCAAAAAGCUAUCGAUGAGCAAACAGAACGAGCUCAACUCGCUGGUGGAUUCGCUCAUUAAGCACAGCUUCCUCAAAACGGCCAAUCUGAACGAGCAGUUCAAGCAGUACCAGGACAUGUACGCCGUACUGGAGCGGAUCCGCAAGCUGGAGUCCGAGUUCAAGCUCAAGACCAACAAUGGCAAACCGCGCCAAGCCAACAUUGAAGCCUUUUGCCGGUGGGCCAAGGAGCAAGGUUGCGAGUUCGAUGGCGUCAAGAUAUCGGAGUUUUCCGGAUACGAGCUGGGGCUGGAAGCGACCAAGGAUUUCAAGGAGGGCGAAGUGUUUGUGACCGUGCCGAAGAAGUUGAUUUUCUCGGUCACGGCCGACAGCAAGAUACCGGACAUCAUGAAGGACAUCCCGGUGAUGAUGGUGCAGAAUCUGUCCAACCUGAUGCUGGCGCUGCUGCUGAUCGUGGAACGGUUCCAGCCGAGCAGCGUUUGGAAGCCGUAUCUGGACGUGCUGCCCGAUCGGUACUCCACGGUCAUGUACUUCAGUCCGGCCGAGAUGGCAGAAUUGAAGGGAACGAGUGCAUUCGGGGCGGCGCUCAGUCACUGCAAGAACAUUGCCCGGCAGUACGGGUUCAUAAAGAAGUUCAUCCAGGGCAAGACGGCGCUGCUGAAGGAUAACUUUACGUAUGAUUUGUACUGUUGGGCAGCCUCAACGGUGAUGACGCGCCAAAACCGCAUUCCGGUCAACCUGAGGGACGAAAGUGAGGAAACAUCGGCCGAAGAAGCGUCGUCGGAACUGGCCGGACCGAGUCCGGUGCUGAUUCCCCUCUGGGACAUGGCCAACCACAUCAAUGGCCAGAUCACCACCGGCUACAACGAGGAGCUUCAGCGGGUCGAAAGCCAAACGCUGAAGGCCUUCGCCAAGGGAGAGCAAAUUUUUAUCCACUAUGGAAACCGGACGAAUGCGGACUUUUUGGUGCAUAACGGUUUUGUAUUCCCCGACAACAGCAACACCGAAGUAACGAUCCAGUUGGCGCUCAACUCCGGCGAAGAUCUGUUCGAUCAGCGGAAGGAACUACUCGAAAAGCUGAACGUGCCUAUUGCCGGCGAGUUCACGGUCAACCGUGGACCAGAUUGCAUCUCGAAAGAACUACUAGGAUUCGCUCGGGUAUUCAACAUGACCAAAGACCAGUUGACUCACUGGAUCAGCCAAGAACCUGAGCUGACUAAGACGCUCCUAUCCCCGGAAUGUGGUGGCCUGGAUGAGUCACUCCGAGAGAAGGUUUGGAAGUUCCUGUCCAUUCGAUUGCAGCUGACCAUGCGGAUGAGUGGAAGCACGCUGGAGCAAGAUGAAGCUCUACUAGCGAACCAGGGCCAAAAAGGAACACCAAAGCUGGGUCACAUUAAAAGCAUGUUGGUCCAGUACCGAAUUGUUGAGAAGCGAAUUCUGACCGAUGUCGUGGAAUACUGCAAGCAGAAGGAACUCGGCAAGAAUUGAACUGAUCGACCAUCCAGAUUUGACUUUACCAUGUUUUUCCCUAUUUCAUUCACCCUUUCCUAUUCCAUUUAGCUUCGAAUGUCUCAAUUCGUUCACUUUCUUCGUGAAAACUGUUUCAUAAUCAGAGUUGAGGCUUAUCCGAUUUGCUUUUGUAGUGCUACUAUACCAGUAUUGAGUUUACCUAGAUUCGCGCGAUUACCAAAUUAUUUUACGCAUUGUGUUUCGUUAAGCUCCUAGUUUCCCGCUAUGUACCUUACAUUAUUUAAGAGUCUAAACUUUCUUAAUGUUUCCUGAGCUACUAGUUACGGUAGUUAUCUAGGCGCACAUCACAGUCCAAAUACAUGAAUCAUAUACCAA